CUCCUCAGGCUUCCUGCACUCGCUGCCUCAGCCUUGGCUGCUCCGCCAGCGCACACCCAGCACGAGGCGCCCGCGUCCCAGCCGCUCUGCUCAGGAUGGUCAUCCGCGUCUACAUCGCCUCCUCCUCCGGCUCCACGGCGAUCAAAAAACAGCAGCAAGAUGUGUUAGGUUUCUUGGAAGCCAACAAGAUUGAAUUUGAAGAAAAAGAUAUUGCAGCCAAUGAGGAGAACCGGAAAUGGAUGAGAGAGAAUGUCCCGGAAGAGAGCCGACCAGCGAGUGGAAACCCAUUGCCCCCUCGAAUCUUCAAUGAUAGCCGAUAUCUUGGGGAUUAUGAAGCUUUCUUCGAAGCUAGAGAGAAUAAUGCAGUGUAUGCUUUUUUAGGCUUGACUGCUCCUCCUGGUUCAAAGGAAGCUGAAGCACUGGCGAAGCAGCAAGCAUGAAUCUCAACCGCCUUAAAUGUUCCGUAAAGGGAACUUCCACAGCUUUUUAUAAAACAGAAAAUUGUCUCUGCUUCAAGAAAAAUAGAUUUAAUUUCUAACAUUUUGAUUGGUGCAGCAUCCACGGUACAUGAAUAUAAAUUUGAACACGGUGAAUAUGGGAACAUUAGGGUAGUGAGCAUGGAAGAGACUAUUGCAAAGUUAGAAUCAUAGGUAACUGAAUCAAUUAGAAAUGAUUGAUUUAAAGUGGUAUAAACUAUGGGCAAUUGCGUCCAUUUUUGUAAACUUAAAGAAAACCUAUUUUAGUACUAAUUAUGCAGAUAAACUUACACCUAGAGAUCCAGCUAUUUAAACAUAGUAGAAAACAAGCAACAACAUAAAACCUUGUCAAAUAACUCUAGUGCCUGAAUUGCCUCAAAUGUUAUUGAACAAUACAAAAAUACAGUAAUUUCUCAAUGUCUUUUUAAAUUGUGGCUUAAAAUGAAAUUCUAAGUGUUGUGUAGUGUAGUAACCAUUGUAAUCGCUUAUGGAAAUUAUGACAUUUGUUGUUUUGUAGAAUGAAGAUUUAAAAUUGUAACACGUUGUACAGAUCUAAAAAAAAAACAAACAUUGCCAUGUAUUUCUCAUUUAAGCGACCAAUGUGGGCCUUUUCCACAAAAAAGAGAGUGAGCAGUGGAUAACAUUUCCAUUAGCACGUUCACCACAUAGCUCUCUAACCAUGACUCGAUUACGUGUCUGUGUGCUAGAUUUAGUGCACUUCAGUGAAAUACAGUAUGGACUAAUUCCUAGGCAGUAUCACAAAUAAGCCAAAAUGGCCAGAAAUGGCAUUUCCUUACAUGUGUAAGAGCUAAAGCCUUUAAUGUAAUAUUCUACAAGGUCACAUUGUUCAUAGUUUUAGGCAUUUGGUUGCACAUUCUAUUCGUUACUAGUUGCAUAUAGUAGUUUUUCAUAUGGGGAACUAAAAGUAAAUGUUUGAGUUGUAAGAAGUAUUGUAAUUGAGUGUGGGGGGUUUCUUUCAAGUUUUAAAAGUUGAUUUGUAUUGCCAUGGAAUUAGUGAAUCCAAUUAAAGAACAGCAUUCUGUAUCCGUGAAUUCACCAAAUGCAAUAUUAACCCAUUCCAUGCCUUAGGUAUACAUCAGAUAUUUGGCAAAGGGGAAUUCACAUAGCCUGCAUAUUAUGGCCAUCCACUGGAAAAUCAUGAAGACUGAUUUAAAAUCCUGAUUAUAGGUGCACCUGAAGUGGUAAGGAGUAGUUUUAAAAUUUACAUGUGUGAUUUUUAAAUAUCUUGCACAGUAUAAACAACUCUUCCUUCCAGAAUGCAUCGACACCAUAAAACAGUGAUAUGUAGCCUUUACUGUAGUUGCAGGGCCAUUCUACAAGCACAGCACACAAAUUUUAUUUUCAUCUGCUUUAUAACAACAUAGAAUAAGGUGGUAUAGAUCAGCAAAAGACUUAUAGAGGUUUUAUGCCGCUUGCAAACUGUAGCGUAUCAUGGCCAUGCAGUUACUUAUAUUGAGGCAAUAAAAGUUAUGUAGUGCUUUAAAAUGCUUCCUGAGACAUUUAUAAUUCUAAGAUCCAAAAUUAGUGACAAGAUAGAAGUAAAGACUUAAUUAUACUCUACAACAGAAUAAUUAAAUAUUUUCCUAUUGCCAACAUAUUUCUUUUGAGCUCUGCAUUUCCCCAGGUGCAAGAAGUGUCUUCGUCAACACCUAAAUAAGUAGCAGAGAAAUGUUUUUCCUUGCACAGUUGUGAGAGCAGUCUGGCUUCCACACAAGUCAGUGGCAAAAUUCCCAUAGAUUUCAGCAUGAGCAGGACUCCGCCUGUAAUGCUGUUUGGAACCUGGCUAGUUACAUUAGCAUUUAGUCCAUGUUUUUCUAAUUUCGAGCCUGGGAAUAGACAUUUUGUAGUUUCUGCUUGCAGAUGCCUGACCCUUGGCCCUGUGUAUAUGAAAGUAGGAUAGUUAAAUGUUGCCUAAUCUUCAGGAUGAACCAACCCACAGCAUGUUUUGUGCUUUCUCUCUAGAAGACUUACUAUUAAUUGCUGGGGAGGGGAGAAGACUAUUGUUGGAGUUUUUAUUUUUGUUGUUUUAAAUCAAGUAUCUGCCUUUCAUGAUUCAGCAUGAUUUAGUCUUCCUAUAUAAGAAAGUAUCUCUUCUAUCACUAGACGAGUUUGAGGAAAUGAAUAAGAAUAUUGACAGGAGUUUUGUGAAGAAAAUGGAAUUUGACACACAGGUUGCUAUACUCCUGCUGAUUCGCUGUGUUUCCUACUUAAACAAAAUGUGGCAUUACUUUUUGAGAAUUGCAUCUAUUAUUUGAAAAAGCUAUAACUGAAAAUUAUUGCCAAAUUUUGUCAGCUCACUGACACAAAACAUUCUGAAACAAGGUCAUCUCUAUUUCUGAUCUUUGAGAAAGUUCCCAAGUUUUAAGAAAGCAAUGUCAGUUCCCCCUUCCAGUCCCUCUUCUUUGCCAGAUGGUAACACUCAUUGCAUCUGCAUUCCUGAGGAAGCAGUGUGAAGACAAGAACUGGCUUAUUUCUUCUGGUAUCUGGGACACAAAGCAUGAACACAAACUGAAAAAUACCUAAGUGGUCUGUUCUUGUUUUGGCCUGCAUGUAGAACUCUCAUUAGUAUUAAUGUAGAUUUCAUGCAUGUGUUUAGGAGUGACAGAGGUGAGAAUAUACCUGUGUGGUGUUCUCAACACAUUGGUUCUGUGGUUCACAUUACUAUGUUUUUACGUCAGUUAUGGAUGUUGCAUCUUAAGAAUAACUUGUUCAUUUCUUCCUGCCCCUUUUUUUCUAUAUAGAAGUAAGGUGAUGAGGCAUCAGACUCUUUUUCUUACUAAUUAUUGAUGUAUCAUUCCAAUAAAAUUGUUUCAGAAUGUU